AUGUCCAAAGGGAGGGUUAACCAGAAGCGUUACAAGUAUCCUCUUCCGAUUCAUCCUGUAGAUGACCUGCCAGACCUGAUCCUUCAUAAUCCCAUUUCUUGGAUAUAUUGGACGUAUCGAUUUUUCAAAAGUACAAAUGCAUUAAAUAAAAAAAUCCAUGUAGACUUUAUUGGAGAUACAACCCUUCAUAUAAUAGUCCAAGAUGACGAACAGAUGCUAUAUCUCUGGGAUAAUGGAUUCUUCGGUACUGGCCAGUUUUCCAGAAGUGAACCCACCUGGAGAGGUAGAACGGAAGUUAAACUAGGUCUCAAUGAUGAUCCACGCCAAAUUCAAAGUGGAACCAAGAAUAAUGCUGAAAAUCAGCUAACUUUAGAAAAAAUCACACAGCAAAGAAGGCAGCAAAGGUCCGAGUUCAAAAAAGAACGUGCAAGGUUAGAGAAAGAACUUCUAGCAUUGAGGAAGAAGGGUGGCCAAAUUGACGGGGAGACUAUUCUUCUAGAGAAGCAAAGAGAAUCGUUAAGAAAAUUUAAGCUCAAACAAACAGAAGGCACGAAGACAGUCGCACAGCCUCAAGACGUUUACGAAUUCAAUCCAAGAAACGAAGACAACGAUCUUCUCGAUGAAAAUGGUGAACUUAAGCAAUUAGAAUCAUUAGAACUCAUGCCGGUGGAGGCCUUGUUUUUAACCUUUGCACUGCCUGUUCUAGACAUAUCUCCCGCUAACCUGGCGGGGAAACUAUUUCAACCCGGCGCUAAAUAUGAGGAUAUACAUUCUUUCGUUCGAUCCUACGUGAUAUAUCACCAUUACAGGUCGCAUGGCUGGUGCGUACGAUCUGGAAUAAAAUUUGGUUGCGAUUAUUUAUUGUACAAAAGGGGACCACCAUUUCAACACGCAGAAUUCUGUGUCAUGGGCCUUGACCAUGACGCCUCAAAGGACUAUACAUGGUAUUCCAGUAUAGCACGUGUUGUGGGCGGUGCAAAGAAGACUUUUGUACUCUGCUACGUAGAAAGGCUCAUCCCAGAAAAAGAGGCGAUAGCACUAUGGAAAUCACAUAACUUUACUAAGCUGUUUAAUAGUUAUCAAGUCGGUGAAGUGCUAUAUAGGAGAUGGGUCCCUGGAAGAAAUAGAGACUAA